GCCAGCGCCAAUGGCAGCGGCGGUGUUAGCCAAUUCCAAUUCUGUGGCAAAUAUCGUGCCGUAAUCGUGCAAAAAAAAAAGAAGAAAAUACCAAAGUCCAGGGCACAGGAGAAUUGCUCUGCUCUAAAUGAUUAAAAAUAGAAAUUAAACUAAAACUAAAUGGAAAACAUAGACUUGUGGCGUAAACAAUAGACGAAAGGCGAAUGAAAACGCCAGAGCGCGCCUUCCUCUGACUGUCGCUCUCUGUCUCUGUCUGUCUGUCUCUAGCUCUCUCACUCUCUCGCUAUAGCUGUCAUUCUCUUUGAGGAACAGCUGUUCCAACUGUCAUAUCUAACUGUCUACUGCCAUACUAGGACUCUGUCACUCUCUCGCUCCCGCUCUCUCUAUAAUUCUGACACUUCCUGCUCCUGCGCCGAAGCGUGUGUACAUAACCUCAAUCCGCUCUGGAUGUUGCGGUAGGCGUCGCUGCCGCUGUCAACGCCAAGUGCAACGCCAGGAGCAGAGCCAAGCAGAGCAUCAGCCGCGGGCGGGCGACGCAACGCAUCCAAAAAGCGUUGAUGCCGUUGCAGCUGCUGCUGCGCAGCCAGCGACAACGACGAAGACAGCAGCAGCAGCAGCGGCGGCGCGACAAGCAGCAGCAGCAGCAACAAUCAUCAACAGCAGCAGCAGCAGACGCAGCAGCAGCAGCAGCAACAGCAGCAGCAGUAGCAGCAGCGCCCUGUGUGCACCGACAAUAAUAUGAGGAGUGGCAGUUCGGAAUUACUACUCGAGCAGCAACAACAAGAGCUACGGUUACGUAAAAUCCGAGAACUGGCUCCGAAAAAGAAAAAUGGCAAUCGGCGCUUUCGUUCGUGGCGGGAACGUGCGCGUUUCUAUGGCACCUCGACACUGGCCUUCUUCUCGGUGACCGCCGGCGCCUCGCUGCUCUUCCUCGUACCGCUCUACGUCGAUCCGGCCAUCUCGACUCUGAGCCACGACUUUAUCGAACAUCCAACCCUGUGCACGACGACACGGCGGGAAGAUCUGAUCGGUAUAUUCAAUUGCUCCUGGAGCUCCUGUCGCGAGGGCUGCACCUCCGAUCUGUAUCGCUGCGUUCACAUUUAUGUGACGUUUAUUGAACAGAAUAUCACAAUACCGGCGAAUAUGACGGAUUAUAGCAAUUAUACGGCGGAUUGGGAACAGUCCGGCGAGGCUACACUGUUGGUGAAUAUAAAGGGAUGCGGGUAUCCGCCCACUGUCACCUGCAAGGACUUCAAUGGCUAUUACGGCAUUGAGGGCGCCAUCUUUCCGUGCUUCUAUUCGCGAAAAAAUAAAACGGUGGUCCUCACCUCCUACAACCACGACGACCAGGUGGCCAUGAUCAUCCACUUCUUCGCGGUGCCCUUUGUGAUAACGGUCAUCUCGUCCAUCGCCCUCUGCAUCAUGCAUUGUGACUGCCGCUGCAAGAAGGAUCGCAGCCACCGGCGCAAUCGGCCACAGUGCCGAAGGCCGCGCAUCGAGAAUCUAAGUGAUACUUCGAUAUCAACGCGAGUGGAUAUGCUCACGCCUGCUAUUGAAGUCUACAAACCGCCCCUCUGACACAAGGACGACACUGUGGAGAGCAACUUAGGAAAUCCCUCGACAAGUAGCGACUUCUAGCAGAACCUAAUACCAAACUCUGCGGGAUUAGCUAAGGAUAAUCUAUUUGUUCUUCCAACAUAGUGUCAACCCCAAUCGAAAUUCAAAUGAGAUACGAGACAAGCAGGCGGCCAAAGGAACUCGAGCCACAACGCCCGACACUAUCAGAGGUUUUAAUGCGAAAACUAGCAACCAAAAACCACAGAAAACCACAGUAAACAGAACAGAAACGAAUCAGAUUAAAAACGAGAGGCAACACACAACAAAAACAAAUACAUAAAUUAAUAAUUGAUCCAACUGAAUAAUUCCUAAGAUUGAUUAAAUUUAGUUACUUUUUAGCGUAAAUGAUUUUUAAAACGAGAUGGCUAAAAAAAAAACAGAGAGGACGACAGUGACGGAAACCAAAAUGAAUGAAACCAUAAAUAACAAAAUUCUAGGCCUAAGCUAUGGAAGUGGCACACACGCUAUAUAUGUGUCUGUAUGUAUGAAUUAAUAUAAAAUAUAUGCAAAUUUGGCAAUGUGUAAAUUUAGUUAAAACUGAAUCAUAAUGGAUAUAAACAUAAACGACCUAAACCAAAAACAGAAACAGAAAAUGCAAUGGAAAAUUUUUUUACUGCUGAAAAUGAGAGAAAACAAUGCAAAAACCAAAUACUAGUCUUAAGUGAACAAUUUUGCAUUAGGUAAUGGAUAAGUUUGUAAUGCAUUAGUAAUUAAAUACAAAUGAAAUGGUCAGCUAGCUAAUCACAAAACGAAAACUGCAAUGGAAAAUGAUAUUAAUUCAUAGUUAAUUCAACAAAAUGGCAAUGCAAUUGGAAAUUCAUAUAGAAAUUUGGCCAGCGGCUUCGAUUAAUCACUCCACACAAAUAAUAGAUAUGCCACGCCUCAUUUUAUAUAGAAUCCGCCCACAUUCGACGACACAAUCCACAAAGCCAUCAAUCGCUUUACUUUUUUGUUGUAGAAAUCGGGAGAACCCCUUCGUCUUAGACGAAGUUUGUAUGCCCUUUCACAAAGUGCCCCAAAGUUGAGAGAAUUUUGUCAAGUUUCAAAAUAAAUUCAUUUUGUCAGUUACUUCUGUUGUUGUUGGUUUAUUGAAUUAAAUAUCGUUAUUAUAAAAUAUUAAAUUAAUUGUUGUUUUGUUGUGUACAACCCCAAUUUCGAGGUGUAGUAGAGUGUUUAAAUAAAAAACGCGUAAAAUAAUUGACAAAAAAAUAUAAUAAUUGAAUAAUGAACGUUUUUUGACUGUGAUCAUUUGAAUGAUAUAUAGAGAAAUAUGAUAUUAUUGAGUAUUGUUGUUGACAACAAAAAAUUAUGAAAAGCAAUUUAACUUCUCAGUCUUGAUUCAAUCAUCAAUCAAACAGCACGCCAGAGCACAUUCCCCACAUACGAUUUUUCACAUUUUCCUAUUAGUAUAUCGCUUAAAUCGUAGUUAGAUCACUUUGGCAUAUUAUUACGAUUGUCUUUAGUUCUUGAGGCAGAUCACUCACCCACAUUUGUGCUUGACAAUAUUUAAUUUCUAAACAAAAAGAAAAUAAAAAGCAAAAAAGGGAAAUUUAAAUCAUUUCAUCCACACUGGCACAACUCACACGAUAUGCUGCGCCCAAAAAUUUGUAACAAAAACUGCUUAUUCUGUUCCACAUUGAGAUACAGAGGCUUUGAAAUGAUGAAUUAGAAACGGAGUUAGGAAAUAUUGAAUGUUAACAUUUAUUUGUAUAAGCUGCGGAAGCAUUGUUGGAUUUAGAGGAGCCUGCAUAGUUUUUUGAUAUUCAUGUAGAUACAUGUAAAUGCCACUCACUAAACUUAAGGAACAUAGCUAUCGAUGGCAUCAAGGAUAAUUGCAUUAUAUUUGUAAUAUCAAAACUGUUCAUAGUUAAGGCAAGGCAACACAAAACCAGAAAAUCUAUAUUGAUACCGGAAACACGAAGUAAUAAUAUUAAAUGUAUAUAAGCUGACUACACGCAAAUGGUAAUAGGAAACUUUUGAAAAGAAAAACCAAAAAAAAACUCAAUGAAACAAAUGAAGCUACAAACAAAGUGCAUAUAAUUUUGAUAGUUAAGCUAAUUUUAAUACAUUUUUUAAGACACUGCAAAAAGGGCAAAAAGGUAACCGUAAUAAAUAAAUAAAUAAAUAAUAAGAUAAACCGAUAAAUAGGAAAAUAUAUAAACCAAAUGAAUGAGAAGCCGUGAAAAUUAUUCCAUUUUUACACACCCUCUCACCCAGGCUCGUUAACUGGUUUUGUUGUUACAUUCAAAUAAUGCAAUAAACAUUUUGAGCAUUUCUUACUAUUAUUGUUAUUAUCAUUGUUGUUAUAAAAGGAAAUUUGAAUUUGCAAAAUGGCACAAUGAUUUUUUAUACAUACACCCGCAAAUUGGCUUUGUCAGAGCAAAGAAAUUAAUUUUAUAAAUUCGAUCAAGUUGAAAAUAAAAGGCAAAGGCAUGAACAAUUCACAUAAAUUUAUACACAUAUAUAAUGAAUGAAGGGAGAAAUAAUAAUGGAAAAUAAUAGAACUAGAACACAUAUUGAAUAAUAACUGAGACAUACAUAUUAUUGAAAGAAAUUAAAAAGAAAACAUAAAAAAGAUACAAAACAAUGCUUUUCAAUUGUUUCGGGAA